GUAAAACCCUAGAAAAAGAACUAGCCCUCGCUUCCUCCUCCCCCAAGUUUCCCCCGCGCCGGCGAAGCCGAAGCGAGACGGAGUUGGAGGAUGCCGCGGACCACCGUGGUGGAGAGCCCCGGCUGCCUGCCGCUUCGAGCCCUCACCGCUGACAUCCUUGGCCUCGUCAAAGUCGUCGAGGCCCGCACGAAUCCGGCGGGCGCCGCCAAGGUCGUUGAGACAUGGGGCGAGCCUGACGCCUCCCGCGCCAUCGUCGCUGCCUCCCUCGCCGACCGCGCAGCCGACCCCGUCUUGGCUGUUGCGAGGAAGAACGGCGUGGUUGAGUUGCUGAAUCCCCUGAAUGGGGAUGCUCUGGCUGCUGUCAAGACCGUGGGACCAGCUCUAGAUGAUGGUAGCGCUGAAGGUGAUCCCCUUGUCGCUCUGCACCUUUUCACAAGACAGGCUUCAGACUCAAUGUUAGGCACAUUUAUUGCCUGCACGGACAAGGGGAAAGCUUCAAUGAGGUCCAUCAUGAAAGAAAAUGCAGCUUCAGGCUCGGAUACUGAGCCGUCAACCAUGUGGGAUGUGUGCAGUAGUGGUAAUGUGGAAUUUUUCUCAGUGGAUCAUGGUGAAAGCUAUGCAAUGUUUGGAGGGAAAGGUAUAGAAGUGAACUUGUGGGAUAUUGCAUCUUGUAGUAAGACAUGGUCUGCUAAAUCUCCCCGAGCUAAUAGUCUUGGUAUAUUCACCCGGCCUUGGUUCACUGCUGGAACCUUCUUGUUCAAGGAUGAUCAUCGUAAAAUUGUAGCAUGCACAAAUAAUCAUCAGGUUCGCUUAUAUGAUACUGCAUUGCAAAGACGACCUGCAGUCUCUGUUGACUUUAGGGAGGCACCAAUCAAGGCAGUUGCUGCUGAUCCUAAUGGACAUGAUGUCUAUAUCGGUACAGGAACAGGGGACCUUGCUUCCUUUGACAUGAGAACAGGAAAAUUGCUGGGAUGCUAUAUUGGCAAAUGCAGUGGAAGUAUUAGAUCAAUUGUUAGGCAUCCGGAGCUACCUUUGAUAGCAUCUUGUGGAUUGGAUAGCUACUUACGUAUCUGGGACACAAACACAAGACAGUUGCUUUCUGCGGUCUUUCUGAAGCAGCAUCUUACAACUGUGGUUAUUGAUUCACAUUUUUCUGUGGAAGAGCCUGUAGAGACAAACUCCAAGCAACCGGAGGUUUUGGUGGAGGCUGAGGCUGAAGUCCUAAAAGAAAAGAAGAAGAGUAAAAUAAUUGAAGAGGAUGAGGCUGAGGCUGAGGCUGAAGUCCAAAACGAAAAGAAGAAAAAGAAGAGUAAAACAGUUGAAGAGGAUGAGGCUGAAGUCUGGAAAGAAAAGAAGAAAAAGAAGAGUAAAACAGUUGAAAAGGCUGAGGCUGAAGUCCGGAAAGAAAAGAAGAAAAAGAAGAGAGGAACAAUUGAACACGAUGAGGAGGAAGAUGGAGUGGUUGACGGUAACAAUAGUGAUGAUGAAAUGUAUGCCAGGAAAGAAAAGAAGAAGAAUAGUAGAACUGAAGACGAUGAGGAGCGAGACAGUGAUAGUGUACUGUGCACUACCAAGAGAAGAAAAUCUGGACAGAGAAGCAAAUGCGUGAAGAAGAAAAAGAGCAAGAAACAGCAUAUCUCCUAGGAGUCUACAAGUAUCUUUGGUCUUAUACCUGCCUGUCACUUGAUUUUGUAAAAUCAUGCGUUUUUUGAGAUGGUAGUUUAUUCAAAAUAUAAUUUAGUGACCCCACUUAAACUCUGCGAGAUUACUGAUUUAUUCAAAAAAUAGCUCUCCAAAAUUUUGAUAUUUAGGAGUCUUAAA